AUGCUGCAGCACGCCUCCGGUGCCAGCAUGAUGCCGCUGCAUCACCCCUCACCGGCAGCGGUCAUGGGCCCCUCUCAUCACCACCCCCGACCGCCGCAUGAGCACCACCAGCAGCACUACCCGCAGCCCCCGCCUCACCAGCACCCGCACCAGGUCUACUCGAGUAACGCUGCGGCCUCGACUUCCAGUGUCGCUCUCGCCUGCCCCGGCCCUUCGUCGUCUUCCUCGACGUAUCCAUACCAGCAGUCGAACCACUCGAACCCCUACCUGCACCCGGCUUCCAGUUCCCAACGGUCGUUGGAAUCUUACCCCCAGCAGCCUCCACUCUACCGGCACACACGACCACCCGUUCCGACAGGGUCUCAGGCGCUGUCCCUUUCACUUUCGCAGAACUCGCAAGGUCCUUCGCCAUCGUCGACUUCAUAUCUUCCGACGCCGCCGCUGCAAGCUCCCGGACCAACCGGACCACCACCGCCAGGAGGACAGCACAAGUUCCUGCAGCAGCAGCAACAGCCGUGGCAGGGUGGUGCACCCCCACCCCACCACUAUGAAUAUUCGCGACCGGCACCCCUGCAACCCGCACCGCCCGCACACCGCUCUUCAAACUCGCAUCUCCCUUCGCCGUUGGAACCUCCCUCUCGCCGGAGCUCUGGCAGCGGCGCCGCCAUGGCCAUGCAGCAGCAACGCUCGCGACCACCCUACGACGACGGCCGAGUAGGCGUCGAGGACCCAUGUUCCGAUCGCAAGUACACUGAAAUUAAGAUGCUCGGUGACGGAUCCUUCGGCACCGUCUGGCUCUGCGACUGGCACUCUCCUGUGCGGCCAGAGGUCAUGCUGAGCGCUAUGCAGUGCGGCGCCGGCGCUCGAUCGGAGUGGACGGGCAAGCGUCUCGUCGCCGUCAAGCGCAUGAAGCGCGUGUGGGAGGGCGGAUGGGCCCAGGCGAAGACUCUGGGCGAGCUUGUCUCUCUGCGCAAGCUCUCGCCGCACCCUGCCAUCAUCCCGCUUUACGACGCAUUCAUCUCGCCGACAAAUGGCGGGCUCUUUUUUGUGUUUGAGUGCAUGGAGGGAAACCUUUAUCAGUUGACAAAGUCACGUAAAGGCAAACCUUUCGUCGCCGGACUCAUCGCGAGCUGCUUCCACCAGCUCGUCGGCGGCCUGCACCAUAUUCACCGCAACGGCUACUUUCACCGCGAUCUCAAGCCUGAGAACUUGCUUGUCACGACGACCGGGCUGUGCGACUAUCUCACGAUCCCUGCGCUAAGGGAGAUCAACGAACGGCGCAAGCUGGGCUACCACGACGACUCGGCUGCUGUUAAUCUCACGCCGGACAAGCUAGAGAGUGACGUCCAGGUUAUCAUCAAAUUGGCCGACUUUGGUCUCGCUAGGGCCAUUGAUUCAACCCCGCCCUACACCGAGUACGUGUCGACGCGAUGGUACCGCGCUCCCGAGGUUCUUCUGCGCUCGCCUCAAUACGGCGCACCAGUUGACAUGUGGGCGCUUGGCACGAUCCUCGCCGAGGUCAUCAACCUCAAGCCCCUGUUCCCUGGCGUCAGCGAGCACGACCAAGUGUACCGCAUUGCGGAGAGCCUGGGAGAACCCAGCGACGAAUUCGGUGUCGACGAGCGCGGUCGCCCGAUCGGUGGUGGUGCAUGGAACACUGGUGUCAAGAUGUCCAAGAAGAUGGGCUUCCAGUUCCCGAAGAAGGCGCCCAAGCACUUCAACUCGCUGUUCCCCAAGACGACGCCCAUGUCGCUCAUCGAUUGCAUUGCCGAUCUGCUGCGCUACGACCCCAAGCGCCGUAUCACCGCGGCUCAGUGCACGAACCACCCCUACUUCCACGAGACGCUUCCUCACAUCCGCCAAACGCCGCUCAUUCCAGAGAUCCCCUUCCAUGUCGGUCAGCCGCCCCGUGGCCAGCGCCAACCUCGCCAAGCCGCGCCCGCCGCUGCGCCUCAGCAGCAGCAGCCUCCUCAGCAGGCGGCGCAGGCCCAGCCUCAGCCGCCCAAGCAGCCGGCUCAGCCUGCUGACGCUGCCGGACGCGCUUCUGCUCCGCAGCAUCUCCGCGUCCAGGCACCGCAGCACAUGUCGAUCCCGCCACCGCAGGUUUCACCUGUCGAGAUCCGGACACCCGAGCAGGCUGCGCAGAUGCAGCAGCAACAGCAGUCGCACCUGUUUCCCGCCGCCGUCCCUCUGCAGCGCGAGGGAUCCGCCGCCUCCGCCAUCGUGCACCAGCUGCGUGCGCUCGAGAUGCCCCGCGACGAGCUCAGCCCGUACCGUCGCCGCGGUUCCGAUGACAGGCGCUCGUCCAUGGCUCAGUCCAUGGCCGUCGACACGCCCGGCGGCUCGCCAUCGAACCCGUCGUACGUCAGUCUCCUGUCCACUGCCAAUCUCGACCGCGUUGCGCACCCGAGCCAGCAUGACCGCGCCCCUCCCCAUGUCCUCGCGUACGUCAACCAGCAGGCGGCCUACCACCGCCAGCAGGCUACCGACUCGGGCACGCUCUCGACUCCCAGUCUCGUUGCCUUUGAGCACGGCGCCUCGCCCCGCGGCUCAUACCACCAGGACAUGUCGAGCCCGCAGUCCGAAUCAACGACGCCGUCGCCGCUGCACCCCGCCAGCCCAGACGACACGAAUGUGUCUCUCCCGACUGUGCCCGUGUCGCAGCUGCAGUCGAAGAAGAAUGGCAAGUGGAACUUUGGCUCAGUGUCGCGCAAGAACCUCUCUAGCAUCAAGGAGGCGCUGCCGCACCCGGGUCUGAAGCGUACGCAGUCUGGUAGCCGCGCACAGGACCGCGAGGGCGCUCCUCCCCCCACGGAGCAGCCGCUCACGAAGAAGGAGCAGGAGCGUGAGCUCGCCCUGGCCAAGCGCGAGGCGGCCGACCGCGCGCAAAAGGAGCGUGCCCGCGCCGUACUCGCCAAGCGCAACCAGCUCAUCGCCGAGAUUGGGCCCAAGCCUACAGAUGUGCACUUCAAUUACGAGCACGGCUCGUCGCGCCACAACCUGCACAGCUACGACAUGGGCUCAUACGAGCUCAUCAACAGCAGCAGCUCUUUAGCUGUUAACGGCUCUGGCCCCGAGUCGGACGACGACGCGAGCAGCCGCUCCAAAGCUCGCAAGACGACCGAGGACGACGAUCACUCGUCUUUGGGCCGGUACAAGGGCCGCGCGGUCGUGAACGGAUCGCACAGCGACAGCCGCCGUCUGCGCGAUGUCUGGCCCGAGGCGCACGGCGGCCAGCGCCGUCCCUCCGGUCCGCAGGCGUACUCGUACCGCGGCAACAACUCGCGCUCCACGCCGAGUCUCCCGGGACACUGGACGGGGAGCGAAUCCUCGCUCGCGAGCCAGUGGGCCAUCAACGCGAAUGUCGCGUCGGAAAGCUGCCUCAUCAAGAGCCAGCACCUUCCCUACCAGACUGGUCCCCGCCCCGUCUCGGACCUCUACACGUAUGCGCCCCAGCACAACCGCUCCCACGGUCCUCACGGCUCUCACGGCCCUCACGGUCCCCACGGCCCGCACCAGCACGCGCCGUACCACGCCCCCGUGUCCCCGACGCAGGCACUUCCGCCCUUCAGCACGAUCGCCGAAGUGGCCGACCACCGCGAGCAGACUCACGCUUGA